AUGGGGUCGUUCCUGAGGAGUUUCCGGAGCAAUAAUGCGAAUCCGCCGCCGGUCGGGGCGACUCCCGCAAGGAAGGAGCCUCAGCCUCCUCCGAUGACUCCCUUAGAGAAGAAGUUGUUGGACAUGGGCCCGAUUCGGCCAGAUGGGAGUGACAAGUUUUUUGGGAUGGAAAAUUACGGUAAUACCUGCUAUUGUAAUUCGAUACUCCAGUGCCUCUACUACUCUGUCCCAUUCCGAGAAGCUGUCAUCAAUUACCCCACACGAACACCCAUCGAAAGCUUAAAAGCAGCAUUAGCAAAGACUGUUCAUUAUCCAGAUCCCGUCGCUCAACAGGAAGCAGAAGCACAGGCUGAAAGGCAGAAAGCCCUCAAUGCUGCACGUCCCGGAUUGCCCCCAAACCCCCAGCAAAAGCCCGAAGACAAGGAUUCGCCAGAAUACAAGAAGAAAAUGGCUUUGCAGACCCUCCCCCUCCUGGAAACGAAGAACAAUGCCACCAGUUAUGGCAUGUCCGAGUCGCUUUUCACCUCUUUGAAAGAUAUCUUCGAGUCCGUCGUUGGAAGCGAUUUGCGGAUGGGCAUCGUCCGACCACAGCAGUUCUUGGAUGUUCUCCGACGUGAGCACGAGAUGUUUCGAACCGCCAUGCACCAGGAUGCCCACGAAUUUCUGAAUCUUUUGCUCAAUGAAGUCGUCGCCAACGUCGAGGCGGAAGCUUCCAAACAACCACAGAUGGAGAAGAGUCUUCCGCCAACAGAAAGCGCCGAAUCCUUUGAAUUGACACCAAGCUCUGGCUCCAAAACCCCGAACACUACUCGGUGGGUACAUGAAUUGUUCGAAGGAACCUUGACGUCCGAAACCCAGUGUCUCACGUGCGAGAAAGUCUCCCAGCGAGACGAAAUUUUCUUGGAUCUCUCGGUGGACUUGGAGCAACACUCGUCUGUCACAUCAUGUCUGAGAAAGUUUUCCGCAGAAGAGAUGCUCUGCGAACGUAAUAAAUUCCACUGUGACAACUGCGGGGGCUUACAAGAAGCGGAGAAGAGGAUGAAGAUUAAACGACUACCUCGGAUAUUGGCUCUACACCUCAAGCGCUUCAAAUACACCGAGGAUUUGCAACGGCUCCAGAAGCUCUUCCACAGAGUUGUGUACCCCUACCAUCUUCGCCUUUUUAAUACGACAGAUGACGCCGAAGACCCAGAUCGCCUGUACGAGUUAUAUGCGGUGGUGGUCCAUAUUGGUGGUGGGCCGUACCAUGGACAUUAUGUUGCGAUUAUCAAGACAGAGGACCGUGGCUGGUUGCUCUUUGAUGAUGAGAUGGUUGAACCGGUAGACAAGAACUAUGUCCGCAACUUCUUCGGCGACAAGCCAGGCUUGGCUUGUGCCUACGUUCUCUUUUAUCAGGAGACCACCCUUGAAGCUGUGAUGAAGGAGCAAGAGCAAGAGAACAUGGCCUCGGCUACAGGCACCGCAGACGCGGCUGAUACCGCCUCCAAGCCAAAUGGCGUUUCACAGCUCAACUUGUCUCAAACCUAUAGCGGAUCACAAGUCCCAUCACACGACGAACCGAAUCGCUUCACCCCCAUUCGAUCCCCUACUGCGCCUCCGCUCACCACUCACCAUGAAGAAGCAGAACCAGAUCGUCCUUUAUCACAACCUUAUGCAACCGCACGUCCCCCUACACGGCCCUCUAUUCCUCCCAUACCCGAAACACCUGGGACCCCUCUUAGCCCCAAAAAGAGUGAUGUACAGACCAGAAAGGAACAGGCCAAGGAAGAGAAGGAGCGGAGACACGCUGAAAAGGAGAAGCACAAGAAUGAUAAACAGCGUCGGAAGGAAGAAGAAAUCAAAUCCCGGGAAGACAAAAGACGUGAAGAAGCCGAGCUGAGGGCUGCUCUCGAGGCAAGUAGAGCGUCCAAGGUUGAUGAGGAUCGGCGCCAUGCUCCUGAGCCUGGGAAGGAAAGCGAUUCGCCCAAGAAACCCGGAGGGCUCAACCGGUUAAGACGUGGCAGCAAGAGCAUCAGCCAUAGGCUGAACAAUCAUAAAGAUCAUCGAGGGUCAUCUUCUGAUAUCCCAGGGCCGUCUGUCCCAGAGAAAGCAGCUCCCAUCCAUGCUCCUGCUCCCGCUCCUCCUGCCAGUGCUAGAACUUUUGAGCAUCCGGCCAGGAGUGCAACAGCACCACGACCGAUGUACUCGAACAAGCAUAAUGUUCGAGAGGAAGAGCGGGCGGACACUUUCAAAGAUCCCAAGCAUGAGCGAUCAGGACAUGGGAAAUGGAGAAGCUUCAGUCUCCGGAAGAAAUCAUUCAGCAUACUCUCCUGA